AUGUUUCCAAACGCGCGAGGGCGGUGGUGGCGCCGGCAGCGUGGCGCCCCGGCGUGCAUUGCUGCGAACCGCGCGCUGAGCGUGCGACAUAGGAUACGCCGCCUAUCAGCGACGCGGGAAGGGGGACCGGCGGGGGCGAGUACGGGAAAUUCCCCCCACAACUGUGGGUCUCCAAUUUCCCCCUACUUGUAUUGGGGCGGAAAGCGGAAAGGCCCUCUUGCGCCGCCGUGCGCCGCCGUGCGCCACACUUACAUGUAUGCGACGGCUUUCCAUGCGUCACACUCUGCCUCUCAACGCCCGUUCUUUAUCUUACUGCCUCAUCUCUCAGCCGCUGCCAUACAAAAUUAUCCCGGUGCAGACCAACCGCAGCCACGCAAAUAA